AUGCUUGCUUCUGUCCCAACUGUCAAAACUGAGAUAGGAGCGGUAGAAAAUGAUGCCGUGGAAGAACAGAUUUAUAAAAUUGUCGAAACCGCUGCGGAUGGCAUGGACACCGAUACUAUUUCUACCCUGACUGCGGCAAUACCAGCUCUCGAUCGGCAGAAUGCUAUCAACAAUCUUCUGGUGUCUAAAAAGCUCAUCAUUGCUAAAACGUCAGGUGGGGCUCUACGGUUGAAAGUUAACACGAAUACACAACUCUCUGGAGCAUCUGAAGAAGAGCAAGCUAUAUACACUCUGAUAGAAGAUUCGAAGCGGAAAGGAAUUUGGAUUCGAGAGUUACGUGAUGGUUCGGGUUUAUCUCAAAUUCAACUCCGUAAAGUUUUAAAAUCACUUGAGCAGAAGAAACUAAUUAAAAACAUCAAGGCCGUUGGCACAACAAAGAAAUGCUACAUGUUGUAUGAUUUGGAACCGGACACGUCAUUAACAGGAGGGACAUUCUAUUCGGAUCAGCAGCUGGAUGCUGAACUAAUACACACUUUGGUGAAUGUAUGCAUCGGUUACAUACACAGUCGUCGUAAGCAGGCCACAGACAACCAUCCUGAUGACUUUUCUAUGCAAAAAGAACUCAGCUGUGUCCGUCCUCAAGAGAUAGCAGAUUUUAUAUUGGAAAAGCGUGUUUUAAAUGUCACAAUCACUGUGGAAGAUGUUGAACGAAUACUCGAAGUCGCUAUAUUAGAUGGAGCAAUCGAACGACGUCCCGAUGGGAAAGUUCGAGCAACAUCAUCAACUACGCAACCAUCUCCAUUAGUUACAGUACCGUGUUCGACGUGCCCUGUUGUAGACGAUUGCUCUUCUGGACAUGUGAUAAGUCCUCAAACAUGCCGAUACAUGGCUGAGUGGCUUUCGGGUAACUGA